AUGAAGGCCACUCUCGCCCUUGCCUUGGCUAGCGCCAUGCUCGCUGUCGCCAGCCCCGUUCACAAGCGUGUUCUUGUCACCGAGCUUGAGGUCAAGACUGUCACUGCUUACGUCUAUCCCGACGGUUCUCCCGCCACCCACCUCCCCGCCCAGGCCACCGACAAGGCUUUCGUUGUCUUCGAGAACGUCCGCAAGCCCAAGGCCACCCCCGCCCCUGUCGCGGAGCCCGCCCCCGUCGUCGAGGAGCCCACUCCCGAGCCCCAGCCUGAGCCCCAACCCGAACCCGAGCCUCAGCCUCAACCUGAGCCUGAGCCCGAGCCCGCCCCCGUCGUCGAGCAGCCCCAAGCUGCCCCCGUGGUUACCCAGCCCGAGGUUGUCGAGGCCGCCCCCGCCGGUUCUGCCCGUGAGGCUUCUCUGAACGCCCACAACGUUCACCGAUCCAACCACUCUGCCCCCGCCGUCACCUGGGACGGCAACCUUGCCUCGUAUGCCCAGCAGCUCGCCAACACUUGCAACUACGGCCAUGACACUAAGAUUGGCGGUGGUGGCUACGGCCAGAACAUUGCCAUGGCCGCUUCCACCGGUACCCUCCCUGGUGAUGCCGAGGCUCUUCAGCGCUCCAUCACCGGUCUCUGGUACAACGAUGAGUUCAACUGGUACCCCGGCUUCGGCACCAACCCCGACAUGUCGAACUUCAGCAAGUGGGGCCAUCUUUCCCAGAUUGUCUGGGCUAGCACCACCACCAUUGGCUGCGCUAUCUCUUACUGCGAUGCCGGUACUCUCUCCAGCAUGAAGGGAUACUUCGUCGUCUGCAACUACGGCCCUGCUGGCAACGUUCCUAACGCCUAUGCCACCAACGUCAAGGCUCCUCUUGGCAACGCCAUCGUCGCUGCGUAA